UUUUGUUUUUCUUUCGAACGGUUGGCAGCGCUCCUGCAGGCCACUUGUAGAAUCCGUGAAUCGGUGAGUCGUUCGGCUCGCGACUGUGAGGCAUGGCGGUUUUCUCUCUGCUCUCCGUUUAUCGUUUGCUCGGCAUUGCAAUCUUAAUUUAUCUUCAAUGUUUUUAUGAAGUAUGUGCUCGAGAUCAGCAUAACCACAAAACUUCAUCUAAUACCAGCCUUGAUGAAUUUCAUCAUCAGCAAAGCGACAGUCAUGAGAGGCCUCCUUCUAGGAAAUCUGGCAAAGUGGGCCGCAUCGAAGCUUCAAUCAUACCGAUCGUUAAUUCUAAGGGAUCUGGUUACGAUAAAGAAUCUUCCCCGGACACACUCUCGAAAGCGGAAGUACGGCUCCUGGUCCCCAAGGUCUCUGGUCCACUCAGAAACAACCUAAUCCGACCUCCGGAUCCGCACGAGGAAGGCCUAAUCCGGGCAUCUUCGAUUUUGAUGGAAUACGAUGAAGACACAAGAAAAUAUAUUCAGCCAGAUGCCAGAACACCUAUCCCCGAACAUCGGAUACGCCACCGUAUGCACAAGCACAUGACACCCGAACCACUGCUCGAUGACUACUUUGCUGCCAAUGACGCUCCUCUGGACGAGGUGGACUCUAGUCCAGGUUCUCCCUUACCAACUGAUGACACACAGAACAAAAGAAACGAUGGUGAUCUGAGCUCUUCCGAUUCAAGGGAUAAUCCAACUAGAAUCAUUUUGCGUGUAAAUUCUUUCAGUCCAGCACCUAGACGACACUAUUCAUCCCACAAGGCUCAAGGGGGAGAUGACCUUGGAAACACUAUACCAAGAGACAUUGCCUCCAGUCGCACAUUUAAACCUCUUGGACAGGAUUCGGUAAUAGCUUUCCAUUCGCCUGUGAGGAUAUAUAUUCCAGUAAGAUAUGACGCUGAAAGUAGCUCCACUCCAUCCCAAGACACUGAUGGCAAAUGCGUUCAGUGUCCCCAGAAUAUCACUUUGACGGCACCACGCGGUGAAACUCGCGCCGAAACUCCAGUUCCAGCAAUUUCCGUCUGCCACCGCUUAGCUCGUCAAAACAGGCCAAUAAAUGUUGCUAUAACAGCUGGACCAAGACCAGGUACUCAAAUUCCUGGAGGUAACUAUCCAAUUGAACUUGCAGUAUGGAUAGCUGAUCAACAUGUUCAUUCAUGCCAGUAUACAUUGGAUGUUGUAGUGAAAAAAUGCAAAGAUGUUUUUCCUCCAAAUGAUGGCUCUGUGCAUUGUUCUCAUGGAACAAUUUGGGGAAGCAAAUGUAAUUUUUCUUGUUCUGUUGGCUAUGAAUUAAUAGGUCAUCACUCAUUGAUCUGCGAAGAACAUUCAGAUGGAAUGUCAUGGUCUUCAUCUUUUCCAAAAUGCAAAAAGAUUCCAUACAAAUAUUCUCCAUCUGUGAAAAACCUACCAUGUUUGAAACCUCGACAGCCUUCUGAUGGUACAGUUGUGUGCGAUUCCAAUGGUCAAAGUAUGUACCCAGAUGGGAGUGUGUGCCAAUUUUUCUGCUAUCCAGGAUUUUUGAUUGAAAAUUUGUUGACCAGCAAUGCUUUAAUAGUCUGUAAAAAUGGCCAGUGGACACCUAACAGCAAUGUACAAUGUAUAGCAACAUACUGCUCGGAUCCUAGACAGCCGGAAUAUGGAUCAGUAAGAUGCCAUAACAAAGAUGUGAAAGAAGCAUCAUUUAAAUCCAAAUACAAGAAUGGGACCUCCUGUCAUUUCCAAUGUGACACUGGUUAUGUCAUUCCCAAAUCACAGCGUCAUUUAAGCAAAAUAACUUGCCAUGCACCACAUUGGAAUGAUUCGUCUAUCCCGGAGUGUAAGCAAAAAUUUGUUCCAAGACCCUUUUCUAGAGAUUGCAAAGAUGUGAUUCUUACUGCAAAUCGUCGUGGAUUUGCAAAGCUCAAACCACCUCGAUUUUACAUGAAGAAUUCAUCUGGAAAUAAAAUUCUGUAUGGAAACUGUACUUAUACAGGAAGAAUUAGUGUUGGUACUUACAUUAACCAUUGUUCUGCACAUAAUAAAGAGCUUAAUACCACUGGUCAUUGCACUUUCAGCGUAACUGUUAAAGAAAAUUCAUGUCCACCACCACCUAUUGUUUCCCAUUCUAAACUACACUGUGAAAAUGGGGGAACUCAUUCUUUCCCAAAAGGAACUAUAUGCAAGUACAUUUGCAACAAUGGUUUUGUAAUGCCACUUAGACUAAAAAAAUUCCAGUCUAGAAAAUGUACUUCAAAGCUGCAGUGGAAACCAACUACUGUACCACAGUGUAAAAAAUCUAUACCACCUAAACCUAGAAGAGGUUCAUGCAUAUCUCAAUCACUUUUAGCAAAAGAUGGGGCAUCAGCUAAAAUAAAGCUACCAAAAUUUAAAUCAUCAAUGAAAGGCAGCAAAAUUAAAGUGAAAUGCUCAUUAAAUGGUACAUUGCCCAUUGGAAACUAUACCAAUCAUUGCGAUGCUAUGGAUAAACAACUGGGCCUUUCUUCAUCAUGUUCAUAUAAUAUUAGCAUUCGAGAUCAAUUGCCUCCAGCUCCUGUUGAUGAUUCUUGCAUUAAUCGAUCAACUGUGAUUGAUGAUAUAAGUACUUUCCAAGUCCCAAUUCCAAAAUUCGAAUCUUAUAGUGGUAAAGUUGAAGUGAAUUGUGAACCACAAAAUAUUUCCGAAUAUGGAGUUUAUAAUAUCAACUGUACUGCUGUAGAUCCUGAAUUAAGAACAAAAAGUCAUUGUAUCUUUGAGUUGGAAAUUUUGAAAGUAAAUGGUAUAACUGAACUUGCUAGAGAAGAAAUUUUAGGAUGUGCGCAGUUACCUCUAAUAGAAUCUGGGUCUCUGACCUGUUCAGAAUCAAAGAAUGAGGAAUUUUUCCCUAUCGGAACAAAAUGUAGUUAUCAUUGUGAUGAUGGAUAUGUUAUUCCUUCAAGCUUCUUGGAACAUUCUGAAAAACUUUGCAUUGGUCAUGAGGAAUGGAGCAGUAUAAUGUCUCCAAUGUGUACAUAUCAGGCACCUCCAGUUCCUGAAGCUGACUCUUGUCUUGAUUAUUCAGUGACUGUUGAAGAUCUUGCCACUUUUCAGUACAAUGUUCCACAAUUUAUAUCUUCAAGUGGAGCAACUAUUAAAGCAGUUUGCGAACCAGAAAAUAUCACAGAAUAUGCUGAACAGAAUAUAAGCUGUUUAGCGUAUGAUCCUGAAUUGAGAGUUAAUGGUUCUUGCUCUUUUAUGCUGGAUGUUCAGGUACCAAAUAAUGUGGCUGCACUAUCACGAGAAGAAAUUAGCUGUUCAUAUCCAGAGAAAAUUGAAAAUGGAUUUGUACAUUGUAAUUCUACCAUUUCCAAACUUUAUUCAGUUGGAACAAUUUGUGAAAUUAUAUGUAAUGAAGGAUUUACACUUCCUACCAGCCAACUAAAUAUGUCAAUUUCUGUAUGUCUUUCUAAUGGAGAGUGGAAUGUCUCAUCCAACCCUCUUUGUUUGAAGUCUGAAUCACCAAUAUUGGUUUCUGGAUGUGAGAAUUCUACUGUAUACACAAAUGAUUUAUCUUUGAUAAAUAUAUCACUCCCAAUAUUUGAUACUGCACACGACACAUCAGUUUAUAUUACUUGCUUACCUGAAACCUUUGAAGAUUAUGGGGAAUAUGAAGUACAAUGCACUGCACAGGACCUUGAACUUGAUACUUCUGCAAAAUGUCACUUUUAUCUUGAUCUGGUGAACAACAAAUCAGUAACUACAACUACAGUAGAACAUGCUGAAAUAUUUUCUACAACAGAACAACCAUAUAAAAUUUGUAAGCUUAUUGAACCGCCACAUAAAGGCUCUGUCAACUGCUCAUAUGAACCUCCAGUAUACUGUAACAUCAGCUGUGAUGAUGGUUAUGAAUUUUCAUCUAAACAUGAGCUAUUAAAUUCUGGAAAACUUGAAUGUGAUGGUAUAGAUGGUUUGUGGAUUCACGAAAAAUUAUACAACUCUCAUUUACUGCCAGAGUGUUUGGGUCGAUUACAAAACACAUUUGUUGAGGUAGAACUGACUUUCAAAGCAUAUGUUGAACGCUGCGAUGAGAUUUACGAAUCUGAAUUGCCAAGUACUAUCCAGGAUUUAUUGGUUGUUAUGAAUGAACAAAUGUGCCAUUCUGUUAAUUGUAGUUUUUUCAAUGUCAGCUGUUUCAUGGACCCUUCAAAUAAAAGACACACAAUUAACAACACCUGGCUACUAAAGGCUUCCUAUGACCCAUCUGAUUAUGAAAAGUCUGAAGUUCCAGAUGCAGAAAUAAAAAUUGAUACACUAUUAGAUGUCACUCAAAAAGAGAUAAAAUCAAGGGAUUCUAAGUUUAAGAAAGAUUUGCUAAAUUUAGGUGUGGAAUUGCUCCAAGAUUCGUAUAAGCAGUCUCAUUUUUUCUUAGUCUGUGAAAAGGAUGGAUAUGCUGUUGAUCUAAGCACAAACAAGUGUGUUGAAUGCCCUUCUGGUACUAUUGAAAAAAAUGGUAUAUGUGUUCCUUGUCCUAUUGGUCAUUUCCAACUUUCUGCAGGCCAAACUACAUGUGAAAUCUGCCCGGAGUCUUCAUUUUGGACGAGUGAUAUUCCUGAAACAUGUUCAGGUUGAAUAAAGCUUUUUUGUGUUCCUGAAAAGACGUUUCUUUUCUCUUAUUUUGCUUAAAGUGCCAAACACUGGCCAAUUAUAUAUGGAUGUCGAUUGAAAGAAGGGUUUUCUUUUUGUCUGCAAGAAAAGUUAUUGCAAAUAUUUGUUGUGCUGUUUUUAAUGUGAAACUAACAAGCUUUAUCUGUAUCCAAGAUUUCAUUUGCCUUCAAAACUGUAAACAUUGUUAUUUUAUGUUUAAUUCCUGCUUUAUUUUCAUUAUUUUAUUUUGUUUCCAUCACUCAUUUCUAUUUAAAAUCUAGAAGUAUGUUAUUAUUUGAAAUGUUUAUAUAUAUUCAUAUUUUUAAAUUUCUUUUUAAAAAAUCAAAUAUAAUCAGUUUUUUUUUUUACUUGCAUUAUUGAA